ACCUCCUGGGCUCAAGGGAUCCUACUACCACCUGGACCUCUCAAAGCGCUGGGAUUACGGGCAUGAGACACAGUGCCUGGCCUUGGCUUGCUCUUAUGGGCCUCCAGGCCAAUCAGGUGUGGCGGCAGCCUACACACCCCUACACACUUCCCAGAUGGUAAAGGGUUGAGAGAAAGGUGACAGGGUUUGCAAAUGGGAGCUACUUAGGGAGGCAAAAUAGAAGCAAGAAAGGCAGGUCAGGCACGGUGUCUCACGGCUGUAGUCCCAGAAUUUUGGGAGGCCCAGGCGGGAGGAUUGCUUGAGCCCAGGAGUUCCAGGCUGUAGUGAACUAUGAUUGCACCAUUGCACUCCAGCACGGGCAACGGAGGGAGACCCUAUUCAUAAAAUAAGAAUGAAAUAAUUUAAAAAAAAAAAAAAAAAAAAAAAAAAAAAGGACAGUGGUACUCCGGAGCACUUGCUGAGGGAGCCUCCAGGGCUGUUCAGGUGAGGGAGAAUCAGGGUCCAGUCUCUUCAUGGAGAGAGUGGGAAAGGGCAGACUCCACAACCGAUCAACGCUGGAGCCCGGCUGGAAAUCAAUGAAAUCUCAGCCUAAGAGGCCUGAAGCCUACGGACCAAUGAGACUCAAGGCCCUGCCCCUUCACAGCCAAUCAGCUGCAGGUCAGAGACAGACGCGCGGGAGUGGCGCUGUCCUAGGUGCCUCCCAUGCUGCCCAGCGUGCUCAGCUGGCCUGAGCGGGACAGUGCGACCCGCGCUGCAGCCAAUCAGCGUCCGCCUCAGGAUCCGGGGGUGACCACGUGCGGGAGCCUUGCGUCCCUGGCCUCGCUCCACUCCCCACUUUUAACGGUCACUCGGCCUUGAGCCAUCCUGAGUGUAUGUGAGGCUGAAAGGGAAGGAGGAACAGGGUCUGGGCCGCUGUAAGCUCUGCCGUCAUCUCUAAGAAACGACCAUACCACUGAAUGCUACUGUGUACUUACAAACCACGCUCAUAUUCGUCACGUCAUUUCAUCUUCACCCCCACCUCCAAAUGAGGCUUGAAAUGAGAUGAGAUGUUCCUCCCUCCCCUUUCAACCAUGGACCUCACACUGUGGCCUUUCUCUUAGAGCCUCUGAGAUUGGUACCCAAGCAAGGCACAAUGUCCCUGCUCCCCAUAAGACUGCCCAGCCCCUAUGGCUCUGAUCGGCUGGUACAGCUAGCAGCCAGGCUCCGGCCAGCACUAUGUGAUACUCUGAUCACUGUAGGGAGCCAGCAGUUCCCCGCCCACAGCCUGGUGCUAGCAGGUGUCAGCCAGCAGCUGGGCCGCAGGGGCCAGUGGGCUCUGGGAGAAGGCAUCAGCCCUUCUACCUUUGCCCAGCUCCUGCACUUUGUGUAUGGGGAGAGUGUAGAGCUGCAGCCUGGGGAGCUAAGGCCCCUUGAGGAGGCGGCCAGGGCCUUGGGAGUGCAGUCCCUGGAAGAGGCAUGCUGGAGGGCUCGAGCGGACAGAGCUAAAGAGCCAGAUCCAGUACUGAAGAAACAUCAGGAGGAGCCAGAGAAACCCUCGAGGAAUCCUGAGAGAGAACUGGGGGACCCUGGAGAGAAGCAGAAACCAGAGCAGGUUUCUAGAACUGGUGGGAGAGAACAGGAGAUGUUGCACAAGCACUCGCCACCAAGAGGCAGCCCCGAGAUGGCAGGAGCAACGCAGGAGGCUCAGCGGGAACAGACCAGGUCAAAGGAGAAACGCCUCCAAGCCCCUGUUGGCCAAAGGGGAGCAGAUGGGAAGAAUGGAGUGCUCAUGUGGUUGAGGGAGAAUCCAGGGGGCUCUGAGGAAAGUCUGCGCGAGCUCCCUGGCCCCCUUCCCCCAGCAGGCUCCCUGCAAACCAGCGUCACCCCCAGGCCCUCGUGGGCUGAGGCCCCUUGGUUGGUGGGGGGCCAGCCUGCCCUGUGGAGCAUCCUGCUGAUGCCGCCCGGAUAUGGUAUUCCCUUCUACCAUAGCACUCCCACCACUGGAGCCUGGCAGGAGGUCUGGCGGGACCAGAGGAUCCCACUGUCCCUUAAUGCCCCCAAAGGGCUCUGGAGUCAGAACCAGUUGGCCUCCUCCAGCCCCACCCCAGGUUCCCUCCCCAAGGGCCCCGCACAGCUCAGCCCUGGGGAGAUGGAAGAGUCUGAUCAGGGGCACACAGGUGCACUUGCAACCUGUGAGGGUCAUGAGGACAAGGCAGGCUGCCCACCUCGCCCGCACCCUCCCCCGGCCCCUCCUGCUCGGUCUCGGCCCUAUGCGUGCUCUGUCUGUGGAAAGAGGUUUUCACUCAAGCAUCAAAUGGAGACGCACUACCGAGUCCACACAGGAGAGAAGCCCUUCUCCUGUAGCCUUUGUCCUCAGCGCUCCCGGGACUUCUCGGCCAUGACCAAGCAUCUGCGGACCCACGGGGCCGCUCCGUACCGCUGCCCCCUGUGCGGGGCAGGCUGUCCCAGCGUGGCCUCCAUGCAGGCGCACAUGCGCGGUCACUCGCCCAGCCAACUCCCGCCAGGAUGGACCAUCCGCUCCACCUUCCUCUACUCCUCCUCGAGGCCGUCUCGGCCCUCGACCUCUCCCUGUUGUCCUUCUUCCUCCACCACCUGACGGGGUGUCGGUAGCGUCUUAGUCAAGAGUCCAAUUAAAGAACGAAAAGCGGGCCGGCUCGGCUUCUGACCUGGCACCGCUGCUACGGCGGCCUAGCAAAUUCCGCCCCAGAAAGGGCACCGAGUGCCCUCUCCUGGACGAUCGCGGGUCGCAGAAGCCCAGGCCAGCGAGCCCUACCGGGUGAGGACACUGAAGUGUGCAGGAGCGAAGGUUAAUAGUAGGGGGGGGGGAUUGUCGAUCUCAUCACCAUAAUAAAGAGUUUCCUGUGCUCUCCC